AAUUUGAAUUAAGAAAAAGUUUUAAUUCUUUUACGGAUGGUACAUGGUAGUAUUUUCUAAAAUAAGAUUACAACCACAUUGAAAUUUUUAAAAAGCAGUUCCAAUGAACUUUACUUUGAGUUUGACUAUGUUUCCUACAUGCAUAUUGAUUUCUCCCUCAUUUGUUUUCCUCAUAUUUUUGCCAUUUUCCUGUAUCUCCUCCUUGCCUCUCUGGGCCAAUAGCUCUGCAGGCUGUGAAUCUGUGGCCACAUUUCCCUUGGACCCAAUUCAGGCUACCAUUAUGAAGCUCAUCAAUCAAAACCCAGUGGCCAGAAGGCCCAGAACUCCUCAAGCACCAAAAAAGGACGAGAACCCAAAAUCUUUUAGUACCAAACAGAAAAUCAAGAAGCCCGACCCAUUCCGUCAUUUCCCCUACCAAAUAAAUUCCCAAACCCUAGCCACCGUCCCUCGUCUUUGAGCCGCCCAAACCCUAGUCGAGACUCCAGAGAGAGACCCCAGAUCAAAGGGAGACAGAAUGACAACCCGCUUCAAGAAGAACCGCAAGAAGCGCGGCCAUGUGAGUGCCGGCCAUGGCCGUAUCGGAAAACACCGGAAGCAUCCCGGUGGUCGCGGUAAUGCUGGAGGCAUGCACCACCACAGGAUCCUCUUCGACAAGUACCACCCUGGGUAUUUCGGAAAGGUCGGUAUGCGAUACUUCCACAAGCUCCGCAACAAGUUCUAUUGCCCUAUCGUUAACAUCGACAAGCUCUGGUCUCUCGUCCCGCAAGAUGUUAAGGAGAAAGCCACCAAUGACGCUGCCCCCAUGAUCGACGUAACUCAAUUCGGGUACUUCAAGGUUCUUGGGAAGGGGGUUUUGCCAGAGAACCAGCCGAUCGUGGUCAAAGCGAAGCUGGUCUCCAAGAUUGCCGAGAAGAAGAUUAAGGAGGCUGGUGGUGCUGUUGUCCUCACUGCUUAGGUUAGCGUCAUUUUUAGUUUCUGAUCCUGUUGAAGUUUUUUGGAAGACCUUUUAUGGUUUCUUAAUUGUUGGUAUCUCGUUUAAAAUGAGAUGUUACAUGAAUUGGCUUUAGUUAUCGUUUGAAAUAUAUAAUUUUUGUGCUU